CUGAUUGUGGCGCUGGGAGGAUUUUCCCUCCCAUCAUUCGGUGCCGUGCGUGGAGCGGAUGCCUCACUUUGAUGGCGGAUCCUUGGAACCACGAGCCGUUUUUGAAGCUAUUUAGCCUUUUUCUAUACCUGGGGAGCGAGCAGUUGAAUGGUCAGACAGAGUCUUCUUUUUAUAAACAUUUCUUUAGCCAGGUUGUUCCGACCGCACAAGCUUCCACACUGAAGCAAUUAAUUGUGGCCUGCAAAUGCCUGUUCGAUUUUUCUUUUUCGUUCAGGGAGUUCGUCUUUUGUUGAAGAACAGGCAUAUUCGAUGAAUGGGCUACUUCGUGAAGUGGCAAGUGGAAUUCGCUCAUAUAGAGGGGCUGCCAAGCAUGCGGAUGCGCUGGGAGAUUUAGCUAGGGCUGCAGUGUAGUUUUUGUGCUCAAUGGAGAGUUUGGUUGGUGAGUGGAUUGAUAGGGGGGAAGCAGAGGAAGCAGAAGCAGGACGUCGCGACGUUAUCUGUCUCGUCUGCAUGCCAUUGAGUGGAGGAAUGGUGCGCGAGGCAUUGAUUCUGGUAGAGUAAUUAUUUAUAAAUUGUGAUCAGUUGAGUUUUCUCUUUUUGGAUUAAAUAUCAAGCACGGUUCGUUAAGAAGAAACAUGAUCCCGAGGUGCGGCUAUUUUGCAGUCCAGAUUGCAAGAAUUGCUGUUGAUGGUAUCGCACUUGGCAGUGACAGGUCGGAGGGGGGUUGAACUGACAGGAAUUUAUUGUUGUUCAGUCCCUUCAAUUCAAAUUGGUAGCGAUCCGAGGUUUUCGGGUCAUGGUUUGAACCUCUUGUUGCUGCCGGCCUACAUACUGGAAAUUUUUGGAAUCUGCGAUUUCUCAGCUUCUUUGGAAACAGUGACGCAGCUACGACGUAGUUAACGUCUCAGGAUUGUAGUGAAGAGGAGUGAGCAACACUCCUCUUGCAGCUUUUGAGGAUAUCAUGAACCAGAGCCUUGCAGAGGAUCCUGCGCGGGCGCCGCUGUUGGAUCGUCUUCUGAAUGAAGAGGCAUUUCAAUCAGGAAUGAUUUUCUCCCACGCUGAGAAUCCUUCCAACGAGGUUUUAAGGCACAGGGCGACAGCACAGGACCAAGAGCGAUGCAUUGACAUUGACGACCAUAAUCGCAAGGACAAUCAAGCAUUGGUGCGCACGUUGUCGCACGCGCGUGAUGAGCUGCGCUACUUUCGGAAUGGACUACGCUGCCUUGGUCUCGAUCAGUCCUCGAAGCUCAAAGUGACCUUGUCGUGGAUAUUGUUUGCUCUGUUUACUUUCAUCGUGCCUUUUGUGAACCUUACUUCUGUGUCGUGCCCCGACUGCGAUCCUCAACACCGACACCCGUUUGAGGGUCUUGUGCAACUUGCUGAAACCGCCUUAGCCGCAGUCUCUUUCGUGUGCUUGUCCCAUAUUGUGCGCAGACAUGGCUUGCGUCGGACCCUGUUCCUCGAUAGGAUUGUGCGUGAGUCCCACGAGGUCCGGGCUGGAUAUGAAUCGGAGCUUCAUGGCGCAUUUUCACUUCUCGGUUCAUUCCUCUUGCCAAUUGCACUUAUCGAAAUCGCCUUUCGAGUAUGGUGGUACUAUUACGUGACCGUCUCAAUCCCUUUCAUCGAGAGUCACCGCAGGCUCAAGAUCAUUCUCAACGUUGUCCUCUGUUCCUGUGGAUUGCUGUCAUGGCUAUAUCGGACUUCUGUGUUCCUUUUCACAUGUAUCUUGUUCCGGCUUAUGUGCCACCUUCAAAUCCUUCGCCUCAAAGGUUACAUCAAGCUCCUCGAGACAACGUCCAAUGUAUCGAUUAUCCUAUCUGAGCAUAUGCGCAUCCGGAGCCAAUUGACCAUCAUAAGUCACAGAUUUCGUGCGUUCCUAGUAGCGGCAUCUUUCACCAUCAGCUUCAGCCAAGUGUGGUCUGCGUUUGUACUUCUCAGUUCAUAUGAAAAGUUCAAUUUCUUUCGCGCCGGUGAUCUUGUUGUUUGUUCCGUGGUGCAGCUAACUGGGUUAAUGCUUUGCUUGAAUGGAGCUGCAAAGAUCACUCAUAGGGCACAACGAAUCAUUGGAAUUGUGAGCCAAUGGCAUGCCUUAGCAACUUGCAAUCCUCAUGCAGUAACAGAUUCGCAAAGAACUGGCGAGGGCGAUUCUAAUGAUCCUGCUCUAUGGUCGUCCACUAUUCGUGGGCCUGCUCACCCAUGCGUGUACAAUGACUCCUCCGACGAGAGUGACAGUGAUGAUGAGGAACAAUCGCCCCGCCACUCCACCAGUAUUAAACAAGCCUUUCACGACAUGGAGAAUUACCAGAAGCGUCAUGCCCUGUUGUGUUAUUUGCAGCAGGCGAAAGCUGGGGUUUCCUUGUACGGAUGUGUUCUAGACCGAGGCUUCCUGUAUGGGAUAUUUGCAUGCACGUUCUCGCUUAUCCUCGUCAUCCUUGACUAUUGGAUGAGAAGAUUGUGGGAGGGCUGGAAGGGAUGACUUUAGCCGGGCGAAUCUUUCUCCGCACUUUUGUGUAGGUACAAAUCUUGUCUCCCACUGUCACGUCGUCCAAACUGCCUGCUCAAGCUCAAGUAUAACAUGCUGAAGUAACACUUGGAAGACUUGUAAUUGUACCAGAAGAAAUGGAUUCAUGGAGUUCUUAGUUUUUUUUUGUUAAUCUACCUGCUGGAUGAUUCCAGCCAUCUAGAAUUAUGACCCGACAUAGUUAUUACAUUUAUUGGAAGUCUAAAACUAUAAAGCAAUGAACGUCAUGACAUGGAGGUUGUUGCUAGAACAUAACAGACACUACUUGAUCACAGUAAACGCAUCGGUUAUGAUACAACCUUUCCUCCGAAAAAGUUUGCUCGGAAUCUGGCAGUUGGAGUUUGUACACAAGUCUAAUGCGAUCUGUCUGGCAAAGCUGCUCGGGCAAGUCCCGCUGCUAAUGCGCAAGUGAUUUAGGAAAGAGCUUAAAGUAUGGUUACAGGAGUACUAAACACAAGGGAGAGGACAUCAGAUGAAGGCAUACUGUGAGGAGAAAACCUGUCUGGAAGAACAUUUAGUAUGAUCAUCCUUUACCUCUCAUUUUCCAUGCCUAGAAACACAGUAUCAAUCUGGGAGCACAUGUAGUAUCAUAGCAUUUACAAGCAGUGAAGGAAACAUAUAAAUAUAGUUGGCCAUUUAUAACAGUUUUCACGAGAGGCAUUGUCGCCUGAAACCAGCGAUUGGUCAGAAGAACUGACACCUAGAAGACGUACCGAUCAGAGUUAGAUUAUCGACCUCCAACACUGCUAAUAAGCAUAUCCCUAUGUAGUACAGAAAAUGGAGUCAGUACAUUCUAAACACUCAAUAGAAUGGAAAUUUCUUGAUAGGCAUCUCCUUCAAUGCUUCGAAUUGUUUUUCUACGCAGAUACAAACGAGUGGCAGCCUUGGGUUGUGAUCAUGUAACCAGUGGGCCAGCCAUCUCUUAGGAAAAUCUAGUGAAGGUGUAGAACCAACAGUUAAUAAGAUCCAGGCAGCAGAACAUAUCGGUUGUUGCCGAUGAGGCAUGUGCAAAUAUAACGUACUGAAUGUGACAAUUUUCUGAACUGCAUCUCUCAA